GCCACGACUGAUGCGUUGCUGGCCGGGGCGUCCGCGGGCAGCUACCCGCUGUACGUGCUGUUCCCGGGGGCAGCUGCCCAGGACCUGCGGGAGCUUUCCGAGCGGGAAGCCCACACCGCGGCGCUUGAACGUGCUGCGGCCCGCUUGCGGAUGCCAGCGCCUGCCGCAAACACAGCUACGGAGGCAGUCGUGGGGAGCUACGUAUCGGCGCCCCGAAACCGGCAACAAGAGCAACUACCAGAGUACCACCACGACCAACAACCGGAAUUUCCUGAGCAGCAGCAACAACAACAACAAGACCAAAGACAAUGCCAGGAGCAGCAGCAGCAUCCUAUGCAACAGCAGCAGCAACUGCAGCAAGGACCGUGUUGCGAGUCCGCUGCGGGGCGAGAGCUGUGCCAGUCCCCACACGAACCUCAGGUUGCAAGGCAACAAGGCAACCAGCAAGGGACUCUUGCGGGGACCCACGCUUCAGAGGCGGCGUCUGCAGCUUCCACGGAUGCGGAAACCAGCUGUAGCCGGCAGCAGGGGGUUCCGGAGCAUCCCCAUGGCAGCCUAGAUCGGCAUGCAUUGAGGGUCUGCGACCAGCGCUCGGCCUCCAUAGACCAAUCCGUCGACAGCAGCAGCAGCGGAGGCGGUUGCAGUUGCACCUGCAGCGGCGGUGCCGGUGGAAGCAGCAGCAGCUGCAGCUGCCUCACGCCUCCAUCCUACUUGCUGGUGGUUAUCGACGGCACUUGGCGGCAAGCCCGGGAGAUGUUUCGGGCGGUGUCGCAUCGCUGCCUACUGCCGUCCGGACCGGGUGUGCAGGUCGCGUUGGGGCCUGCAGACAUCCUUCCGCCCGCAGUACUCUCGUCACAGCCCGUCACCGGAAGCAGCCAGGAUGGACUGCCUGGAUGGGAGGGGCAAGUCCAUGAUGCAAGUCCGACAACGGUGACUUGCACACCCGCAAGCGACGCGAGCUGCAAGCAGCACGCAUGCAGCCAGCGCUGCCCCAGCACAGAGGUGACAGCGGGCGACAAAACAGCGAAUGAUGGGAAGGCAACAGCCCAACCGCAGCCUGACGGCACCUCCUCACCACUAUCUGACCCACGGGUCGAUGAACGCGACGACGCAACAACAGCAGCAGCACCACUUGACUAUGACCCAAACAUGCCAUGCUUGAUUCGCAAGGAGCCAGUGGCGGGCUUUGUGACAACCUACGAGGCAACGGCUCGCGCGCUGGGCUUGCUUGAGCAGGACGCGCAGCUUGCAUCGGAGCUCUUGGCACCGCUGCGGCUUAUGACCCGAUUGCAGGCCGGCUUCUCUCCCGCGGUUCGGUCUCGGAUGUGUUCGGAACGACCAUCUUAACUGACAGCAAGGCAUGCAGGGUUUCCACAGUGUUCUCCAUCACUACCGCCAAUGAUUUGCUGCUGUCAUUACUGCCUGCAGCUUUGCUUUGCUCCAACCGUGGAUGGUGGUUAGAUAGAUAAUGCUGUACCGGUAUGCUUGCGGCCGAUUGGUUUGUCCGACGGUGCCUGCGCCUCGAUUAUUAGCGUGUAAUAGAACUGCUUACAUUGGGUGAUUAUACUGUGCCUCGGGUUUACGAUAUGACCAUGACGUGACACGCCGGCGGCGAUUGGUGAAGCGACAGGAACCUUGCGGUGCUUCAUGAUGUUACUCAUGCUAUAAUUAUAUAAGCUCUUUUAAUCUAUGCUUUUUAAUGCUGAUGGUAC